AUGGACCCUCUGGAGCUGAACGAUGGCGACGCAGACGAAUACUUGUCGGAGAUCAAAGACUUCCUGAAGGAGAACUUCGAGAAGUUUUCACCCCGGAGAUUGAGGAAGGUCGCCAAGGUGGCUGCUCUAUUUGUGCUAGACACUAGAGACGUGUUGUAUCGAUUGGCUCGCUCAACCCGCGAUCGCCCCCGCGAUUUUCAGGACGAACCUCGACUCGUCGUUCCAAAAGCUCUCAGGGAUGAUGUCUUGCAUUAUGGUCACGAGGACUUUCAAGGAGGUCACCAAGGCAUCACCAGGGCCUAUAAGAGAUUGUGUUCAGAAUUUUACUGGCCUGGGAUGUACGCAGAUGUAGAACACUUUGUGAAGGAAUGCGUUGAUUGCGGGAGUGGAACAGGAAAACCUCCAAAUGCCGGACCAUCGCCCGGGAAUAUCGAACCCAGACAACCUUUCGAAGUGGUCUCGAUGGACUUCGUAACGCAUAUGCCGAAGUCCAAUCGAGGGCAUACGUUUUUGCUACUAUUUCAAGAUAUGUUUUCGGGAUACGUGAUGUGCAAGCCGAUGAAUUCAACCACCGCUCAGGAUGUUGCGGAGGCAUACGAGGAACGAGUACUCCGGAACUUCGGAUCAAGUUCGAUGGUCCGGCACGAUCAAGAUCCCCGAUUUAUGAGCGAAGUGUUCACUCGUUUUCGGGAACGCUUGCAUAGACGUCAGAGAGCCACUUUGGGAUACCGGCCUCAGGCGAACGGACAACAGGAACGAUCCGUCCAAACGGUCGUCAGGUGUAUUCGUGCGUAUAUCGAGCAGGCCGAUCAGAGUGACUGGGAUGAUCAUGCAGAAAGGCUGAUGUUUGCGCUGAACACUUCGUUCGACGCAACACGUCUGGACACCCCGUUCUACUUGAUUCAUGGCUGGGAUCCACAAAGUACUCUAAAAGCGAUGUUGGGUCCAACACCGUCAAGCGUACCGGAAAAGACUGCCUAUGAAUGGAGACGCAAAGUUCAGAGAGACUAUAGCUACGCGCAAGCGUGCGCCGAGGACUUGCAGAACAAAGCCCGACGACAUCGUUCCGACCUCCAAACGCAGAAUUGGAACGAACUAUCCGAACGCCUGAAGUCAGGUUUUCAGAAAGGGGACGCCGUAUGGUUAUACAUCCCAAAGGUGCAGACUGGACUGAGCAAGAAGGUGAAGCUGAAAGUUGACAGUACCGGUUACCGAGUCAAUCCGUGGGUUCACAUCAGUCGUCUGAAACCAAGAGCUCUAUUUCAUAAAAGACCAAUAAUCAGUGUGGAUGAAGAUGAAGAAGACGACUUCGACGCUGCGUUGCUCCCUGAGGACAGUUGGGAAGCCAAUAUCCAAAAGGGUGAAUACGAGGUUGAGAAGAUUUUGGAUCUCAGAUGGUUUAAGAAAACUCGAACCUCUAAAAGGCGUCGAGAGUACCUUACCAAGUGGGAGGGUUAUAACGAUCCAGAAUGGCUCCCCGCAUCUCAACUGAAUUGUGGAGGUCUGCUUUACGAGUUUAACCAAGGCGCACGUGCUCGAGCUCGCCUUCGAAGCAUGCAAGCCGUGGACGAUCAUCCCCAAAACUAA